AUGGCUGAAGGAACUCCUUCUGGAGGCGAAGGUGCCCCGGCCCCCCCACCUGCCACGGAGCACUUGAACAUCAAAGUCACCGAUAACAACAACGAGGUGUUCUUCAAGAUCAAGCGCACAACUCAGCUGAAGAAGCUUAUGGAUGCGUUCUGCGAUCGCCAGGGCAAGCAGCUGUCAACUGUCCGUUUCCUCUUCGAUGGUACUAGAGUUCGUCCCGAAGACACACCGGAGACUCUCGAUAUGGCGGAUGGUGACACACUCGAAGUUCAUCAAGAGCAGAUCGGCGGUUGUUGA